AUGGCGAUAAUUGGAGGUGAGCCCGGUGGGCGCGCAGCUAUUGUGGUCGAGGACAAGCUCGGGCAAGAUGCCGUCGUUCCGCCUCAAGACGAACAGAGCACCGCCGUCCCGAUUGGCGCUCCGGAGCCUGGGCGAGAUGUGUUUGCCAAAGAUAAACAAAAGGAGAUCAAGAGUCAGUUGCUUGCGAUGGAUGUGCCGGUUCCUGUGGAUGAGAAGGAGAUCAGUGUGGUGACGUUCGAGCCAACCAGUGCAGCGCCGGAACUAGCAGCUGGAGAAAAAGAGGAGGCUAAGGUGCAAGGAGGUAUUGGUGAGCCGGAGGAUCAGGCGCAUUCUGAAUUCAUCAACAAUCUGGAAGAAGAGGUUGAGGUUGGUGAGGAUAACGAUGACCUUCGGAAACUUCACGGACCCCUUGACCACGAGGAAGCCAUUGCAGAUCAGGUGGCACAUGAGUUAUAUCCCGAGGCCAGGGACGCCGAGUAA